AUGGCGGAGAAAUACCUUGAGAAGGAUACUCGAGCAACAAAGCUCUCGAGCCUUGACGCACAAAUUGAACAUGUGGAAAACACAGGCUCAGAAGUCCCUGGCCAGCGCAAAAAGGUAGCGAAACUAAAGAUUCAGCGCCAUUUCCGCCGUUUCUGGUUUUGUUACGUCCUCGGCGGGGUGGUGUUUCUGGCUAUCUUCCUUCCACUUUUCUUUAUCUAUAUUAUCCCUGCUAUUGCCCAGAGGGUCGUUGACGAUACCAGUCUUCCGGUCUAUGCAGCGCGUAUUCUCGACCCGACGCCCGACAGUGUCAGCUUUUCCAUUGAUACUUCGUUGAAGAUCCCCGCUGGACUCUCGGUGCGAAUCGAUCCAUUCUCCUUGUCUCUCUUUAACCGCGAUGUGAAGCCGAUGGUCCCAUUCAUCGACGUAUCGCUAGACGGGUACAAUCUCAAGGGAACCACGGAAAUGAGCAUCAGUAGCAAUAAUACGGCUGUUCUCGACCGGGCGCAAUUUGUCCAGGCAUUAACCAAGGCCGUAUACUCAAAGCGGUUUAUCCUGUCUGCAAAGGGUUCGACAACAGGGCAUUUGGGAGCUCUUAAGGCAGGCAUAACCCUAGAUAAGGACGUGGAACUCGACGGGCUUGACAAACUCAGUGGCUUUUCCAUCGACGCAGCCCGUCUUAUUCUACCAGCCGAAGAAGAUGGGACUAACCUCAGAGGAACCGCAACACUGCCCAACCACUCUGUUGUCACAUUUGCUUUGGGCAACGUCACUCUCAACCUCAAAACAGCGGACAUUAUAAUCGGGCAAGGCUACCUUGAGAAUGUCGUUUUGAAACCAGGCAACAACACAAUGCCUUUACGAGCAACACUCAAUAUCAGAACAGUACUGGAGAACCUAAUAGAUAUUGUGGGAGCUCAGGCGUCAGCAUUAAUGGAUGGUAAAUUGGAAAUAUCGGCGUCGGGAAAUUCCACAGUUUACAAUGGGAAGCAUAUUCCGUAUUUCGAAGAAGUACUGAAUAAUCUCACAAUCACAGCGCGAGUACCAAUCAUGACAAUCCUGAGUGAUACGUUGGCUGGACUGAGGAACUCUGGCUUGUUGGAUGGGUUAAAUGGGGCCAUGGGCAGUGCGGGGGGCUUGCUCGGCAAUGUUGCAAAUUUGUCAAAUAUCCUUGGAGACUAA